CUCUACAAGAUUUUCAAACCCUCUCUCUCUCUCUCUCUCUCUAAAAUUUCUCAGAGAUUGUAUACAAAAAAAUUGUUAUCAAUGGCUUUAGAUCAAGUCUCGGCGCUCCAGCUCAUCAAGCACCAUCUUCUCGGCGAGUCAUCGCCGGUGAAGAGCUUAGCCAUCGAGCUCAGCGACUCCGCUUCCAGCUUCCCCCAAAACCAAUGGAGUCCCGAGGUCAAUUCCGACCUCUCCAGAUCCCAAUCGGAUUCGUUUUGCUCCAAAUCGUCUUCCACUUUUGAAUCCUCUAUUGAAAUAUCCGAUUACUUGGAUUCAACUGACAUCUUCGACUUUAACUCCGCUGAUUUCUUCGACUUCGAACCCAAAACCCAAGUAAUCGACCUCACAACUCCAAAAUCCACAAGUUUGAGAUCUCAAAGUUCGUUCGAGUUCGAUUCGAAGCCUCAAGUUAGCGACGAUUUCUUUGGAUUCGAACAAAAGCCUCAAAUUCUGAACCAAACGGCUCCUAAACCCGCGAACCCGACCCGAAAGCCUGCACUCACAAUCUCGCUUCCCAACAAAACCGAGUGGAUCCAGUUUGCGAGCUCGGACCAGGCAGCCGCAAAGCCGGCGGCGGUUCAGAAAGUGAGUUCGAACGAAGAGAAGAAGAAGCACUACCGAGGGGUCCGACAAAGACCGUGGGGUAAGUACGCGGCGGAGAUACGGGAUCCGAACCGCAGAGGCUCCCGGGUCUGGCUGGGGACCUUCGACACGGCGAUUGAAGCAGCCAGGGCUUACGAUCGAGCAGCGUUCAAGCUCCGCGGCGCCAAAGCGAUCCUCAACUUCCCGCUCGAAGCCGGGAAAGCCGAGCCGGUCGUGUCCGUGGAGAGAAAACGACGUCGUGAGGAACGGAGAGACGAGGCAAAGGAGGUGGUGGUUGUAAAGAAGGAGAAGCUGACGGAAACACCGUUGACGCCGUCAAGUUGGAUGUCGUUUUGGGAGUCAGAGAAGGAGGAUGUGAAAGGGGUAUUUAGCAUACCUCCGUUGUCACCGUUAUCUCCUCACCCAGCGAUGGGUUAUCCACAAGUAAUGGUCGUAUAAGGAAAUUCAACGUCGUAUGUGAAAUUUAUAGAUUAGAAGAAGCUGAAGCUGUGGUUCUUUAUUUCUUUUGUUAAAAAAAAGAAACGUAUAUACAUAUAAAUGGUACCGUACAAAUUAAUGGA